UGGCAGGCGGCAUGUCGACACCCAGCAGCAACACGACGACGGCCGAUAGCGAGCUUCGCCUCGUGCUGAGCCUCACGCGCCACGGCAGCCGCGCGCCCAACACGAUCGCCAAGUCGCUCUGCCCCAAGAACCUCGGCAACUUUGCCAAGUACCACGUGCCGCCCGAGCAGCUCACCGAGUACGGCAUGGAGCAGCUGCGCCGCGCCGGCGACCAUGUUCGGAAUGAGUACGUGCACAAGGCCAAGUUCCUCUCGCCCUCGAUCAACGGCCCGGACCACUUUCAUUUCGAGUCGUACUUUCGCGCCGACUCGGCCGACCGCUGCGGCCAGAGCGCGAUUGCGAUGGGCUAUGGCCUCUACCCGGACGGCACGGGCCCCAAGGGCUUUGAGAAGCAGCCCAUCUCGGUCUAUAUGCAGCUGCUCAAGAACGAACACGAGUUUGCUGCGCCCAAGGGCCCGUGCAAGGCGGUCAACAAGGCCGACAUCAACCUCUACCAAAGCACGCGCGGCGCCGAGCUCAUUGAGCAGAACCGACCGAUGCUCGAAGCGAUUGGCAAACUCUGCGGCGUGAACGUCUGGGACAUUCCCAACCUCCCGGACGGCGAAGACAUCAUCACGGGCAUCAAGGACCUUGCCGAUAUGUUUACGUUCGACCAGCAGCAAGGCCUCGCGCCCCUUGCCGGCCUCACGCCCGAGCUCCAGACGCAGAUCGAAGAGCUGUCGUUCACGCACUUGAUGGAGCGCUACUACUCGACGCCGCGCCAAGUAACCUACUGGGUCGGCGGCUUUGCCGACCUCCUCCUCAAGAACGUCCAUCAGCCGACGCGGCCGACGCCCGACGAAGGCGGCUUCAAGUACUACUCGUACCACGGGCACCGCGAGAUGCUCCAUGGUCUCGGCAAGAUGCUUGGCUGGGAUUUCCAGUUCAAGGGUCUCCAGACCGCGCUCAACACAUCGUCGUUGCACCCCGGCACGACCAUGCUCUUUGAAGUCCGCGAACGCAACGCCAAAUUCUUUGUCAACACGUUCCUGUGGUCGCCCCAGACGGGCCGCGACGCCGUGCACCUCGCCAAGUGCUCGGCCCUCGACUGUCCGCUCGACGAGUUUGCUGGGAUCAUCACCAACCACAUUGCCGAGACAGGCACGUGGCAGCAGAUCUGCAAUUUCGAACCCACGACGUUCGCACCGGUCGUGCAUCCCGCGACGGUCGCGCCGGCCGCCAACGCCAGCGCGGCGCCCCAGUACACGUUCCGCCUCCCGACCUUUGGCGGCCUCCUCGCCGUCCUCGCCCUCCUCGCUAUGUUUGUCCACCGCGUCGUCAAGCGCCGCGACACGGGCUACAAGGCGCUCGCCUAGACGUAAUACCUCGUAACCACAUGCACAUAUUGUCUAUA